ACAUUGUUUAAAAGCGUAAUAUGUAAAUUAUGCAAUAAAGGGGUAUAUAAAUAUUUACAGCCGUAUUCACGUAAAACGACUGAAGACGCCAACCGUAAAUUUCCAUGCAAUGUAUGUGGAAAGUCAUUUACCAGAAAAUACAAUCUGGAUGCUCAUCUUCGGAGUCACAAUAAUAUCAAACCCUAUCUAUGUCCUGAAUGCUCUGAUGCAUUUGUAAGAAAACAUGAUUUGCAACGCCAUGUCGUAUCUGUUCAU